GUUGAGUUGAACGCCACAUAAAGCUUGAUUGAGACUCGCAGCGCUAUUUUAUAAUUUUUUUUUUGGCAAUUUUCGUUGGAAUUAUUUUUUCUUCUAAUCUUGCACUCAUCAAACAAUCAUCAUCAUCAUCAUCACAUCCUUAAAAAUUCAAAUUUAAAAGCAGAAUCAUGAAAUUUAGUUGGAGUAUAUUUGCAGUAUUAGUGGUCGUGUGCCAUAUGUCGUUUGCUUUACCAAGCAUGCGAAUUAAGCGCGAUGACAAAUUGUCACUUGACCCAACGAAUGUUGCUGAACCAUCAGAUGAUGUUAACAGAGAUAGACGAGCUUUCAAUCCAGAAGCAUCAUUUCAAUCAAAAAAUGCCGUAUUAGGAUUCGUAUUUGGUAAAAUCGAUCAAUUCAUUGAUGCCAAAACUCGUCUCAUUGACAACUUGGAUCGUGGCAAUGUCGAAAAGAAUCGUCAAUUAGGAAUUGAAGCACCACAGCCAGUUCCAAGCUUCCAAGCACUCAUCUCAGGCAUCAUCACACCAAAAAUCGCAGCCGUAUCACAAACAUUUGCCGGUUUAAGUAGUGGAGUUCUAGGAAGUUCAUCAGGAUCAAGCAGUGGAAGUAGCAGUGGAGGAAGUAACAAUGGAAGCAGUGAUGAUUCAAAUGGUGGUGGUGGAUCUGCAGGCGGUUUAAGCAGCAUUCUCUCAUCUGUAUUAAGAUUAUCUGGUCCAAUUCUUUCAGCCUCAUUGGGUGGUGGAAGUUCCGCGGGAGGAUUUGCUGCUGGAAAUGAUGACACAACACCAGAUCCAGAUGAUGACUUUUAAAUAAAUUUCCGCUUCCGUUAAAGCUUCCAAC